CUCGAUCAUGGUCCUACACAUCUACGCCGAGCAUCUCGUCCAUAUAAGGACAUUGUCUAUUCAAGCGUCUCUUACUUCUUUGAGCAACUCCUCUACGAAAGCGUCCAUUUGCGCUGAUAGCAAGACUAUCCUGCUGACACACACAGGCGAAAAUGCUCGCCUCGUACUACCGGCUUGCGUGCCUGCGAGCCUUGUUGACACGGAGCUGAGAAUAUCGCAAGACACGUCAAAAGACCUAAACUUCAGGAUACCACUUGGAGACUUGGUCAACGGUCCUUCAGAUUCAGAGCAGCCCAAACAUUUUAUUCCCGGCGAUGAUGACAGUACAGCACCGUGGUCCGCACGCGCUCUAAACUCAAACGUCCAAAUCUCUUGUUCACAAUGCCAGACCAUUGUCACCGAACGAGGCAGCAUCAAGCUGUGGAAGGAUUUGCCAUCGGAGAAUUGGGCUGAGAUGAUGGACUUUUGGCAUUGCCAUCGUCCGCAUGUCCCGCACGACGCACAAAGUGCACUGAAGAAGGGCUAUGCGGCAGACAGUAAGCUUGCUCUACUGCCAAGCGUCGGUAUGGUCGAUCGCAGUCAUUUCGUAUUACAUCCUGAUGAUUGCAGGAAUCUUGAGGUAGGUCACCUUAUUUACUCACGCUCGGUAGCAGGCAAGCUUUACGUGUGUGUGUCUGGCUCCGCGCUGUUUCUCCCUUCUCCUUUCGCUAAACAAACCGUCAUGGGCACGAAAGAACCGGCCCUUCCAGACUUCCACGUCACCCUCGAGGGAAGCGUCGGGAUACAAAUGCCCCAGAGCGAUGGGAUCAAGGAAGCGCAUAUUCAGUGCCAGCCCUUGAGGUUGGUCUGUCAUAGCAAUACCCUGGUUCCUUAAAUUCUAUACGUUUCACCGGCAAGUCAUAAGACCAAUGGACUAAAUACGGGAUAUAAGCUGUAGAUACAUGACCAGAA